AGGAUGUCGGACUUUGUAUGUCCUUUUUGAAGGGGAAAAUGAGCAUUAAAUUCUUCUUUUUUCGUUUCAGCAGUAAGGCCAAGUUUUGCCCUCAUUUCACAAAUAAAAUACCAUAUGCUACGUUUUAUUCUAGUACAAAAUCGACAAGGAAAGACGAGAUUAGCCAAAUGGUAUGUUCCUUAUGAAGAUGAAGAGAAAAUGAAGCUGAAAGGAGAAGUUCACAGAUUGGUUGCACCCAGAGAUCAAAAGCACCAGAGUAACUUUGUCGAGUAUCGUAAUUAUAAAAUUGUGUACAGAAGAUAUGCUGGACUCUUCUUUUGCAUAUGUGUUGAUGCGAAUGAUAAUGAAUUAGCAUAUUUGGAAGCAAUUCAUUUCUUUGUCGAAGUGUUGGAUGCGUUCUUUGGUAAUGUCUGUGAAUUGGAUUUAGUGUUUAAUUUUUACAAGGUUUAUGCUAUAUUGGAUGAAGUAUUCCUGGCAGGAGAAAUAGAAGAGACGAGUAAGAACAUAGUAUUGACAAGACUAGAUCAUCUGGAUAAAUUAGAGUAAGAAUAAAAAAAAAAGAAAUCUACAUUCUACUAAAAUGGAAAUGAUCUUUUAAUUUUCUGUGGAUUCUAUCUUUUCGUCUUUUGAUUGGUUGAGCUCAAAAUCUUUUUUUAUUGUUGCAUCUUU